CCGCAUUUGAACAAAAUAAUCCCUUCAUUAUUCUGAAGGUAUGGGGAAUAAUAUUCCAUUUUCCUACUCACCGGAACAAUUUUAAAUGCUACUACGAUAGCAAAAGUUGCCUAUGGGAAGAUGGUUAAGCGAUUAAAGGGAAAGAGACGAUAUCAAAAUAAAGUACUGCGGAGGAAUUUUUUUCAUGCUGUGAGACGUCGGAGUGAGAAGAGUGAAGGCGAUUGAGAGGGGCUCAGGGAAUUGUCCUCUGUGCAAGGGACUUUCUUUAGGCCCCAGGCCCCUGCCCACCCCUAUCGUCAGCAGAUUCUAGGCUUGAAUCAUUUUGUUUUAGAGCAAGAAAGGAAUCCUAUCUACCUCCUUGAUAACGAAAGUGGAUUCCAAACAUGGUCUCACUGAUGUUCUCCGUUCUUUUCUGAAGUCCAAGAGAUGGAAACCUUGAUGACGAGCUCUACCCUGCCACCCCUUUUUGCAGAGGAAGAUGGCUCCAAGGAGAGUAAUGAUCUGGCCACAACUGGGUUAACCCACCCAGAGGUUCCAUAUAGUAGUGGAGCCACAUCAUCCACCAACAAUCCAGAAUUUGUGGAGGAUCUCUCCCAAGGUCAGUUGCUUCAGAAUGAGGCUUCAAAUACAGCAGAAGGCACUGAACAGAGGCAUGAAGAUGAGCAAAGAAGUAAACGAGGAGGUUGGUCUAAAGGAAGAAAGAGGAAGAAACCUCUUCGAGACAGCAACGCACCCAAAUCCCCCCUUACAGGAUAUGUUCGAUUCAUGAAUGAGCGUCGAGAACAGCUUCGAGCAAAAAGACCAGAAGUCCCAUUUCCAGAAAUCACAAGGAUGUUAGGCAAUGAAUGGAGUAAACUGCCCCCUGAGGAAAAACAGCGCUACCUUGAUGAAGCAGACAGAGAUAAGGAGCGUUACAUGAAGGAACUGGAGCAGUAUCAGAAGACUGAGGCCUACAAGGUCUUCAGUAGGAAAACCCAGGACCGUCAGAAAGGCAAAUCUCAUAGGCAAGAUGCAGCCCGACAGGCCACUCAUGAUCAUGAGAAAGAAACAGAAGUAAAGGAACGGUCUGUUUUUGACAUUCCUAUAUUUACAGAGGAAUUCCUGAACCACAGCAAAGCCCGGGAGGCAGAGCUCCGCCAGCUUCGCAAAUCCAACAUGGAGUUUGAGGAGAGGAAUGCAGCCCUGCAAAAGCACGUGGAGAGCAUGCGCACAGCAGUGGAGAAGCUGGAGGUGGAUGUGAUCCAGGAGCGGAGCCGCAACACGGUCUUACAGCAGCACCUGGAGACCCUGCGGCAGGUGUUGACCAGCAGCUUUGCCAGCAUGCCCUUGCCUGGAAGUGGAGAGACACCUACAGUGGACACCAUUGACUCAUAUAUGAACAGACUGCACAGUAUUAUUUUAGCUAAUCCCCAAGACAAUGAAAACUUCAUAGCUACAGUUCGAGAAGUUGUGAACAGGCUUGAUCGUUAGGGAAUGGUCUUAGAGCUCCGUGGUGUUCUGUGAGUGGUUUUACUUGUGAGGAAUGAGAAGCCAUCCAUGGAAAUUUGAACUGAGCAGAGGCAGAGAGGGGGCACAGAUUGCUCUGCUUGGGGAAGAACUGUCAGUUAGGAGCUAAAUGCCUUCACCCCGGGAAGCCAUGUGAGGGAGCAGCCAGAGGAACAUGGAUGCACUCUUCCUGUGGAACCGGCCUUGUGCAGCUUUGAAAGCGUACAGCCGCUCUCCCAAGUCUUCGGUUUCCUGUCAUCUGCAUUUCUGAUCAAGUGGGUCUGCGGAUAUUCUGCUGACCGGGCAACCCUGACACUGACAUCUUCCGCAGCAGAAAGGAAACCUUCUCAUUGUUCCCCUUCAGAUGGGACCCUUUUAUCUGUGGCUCCAAUUUUCUUACCUAGCUGUCACUUUUUUUUUGUAAUGCCUUUGGGGUUAUUUUUUAUUUCCUUCACCCCCACCAAGUUAUACAUCUCCAUUUUCUGACCUCUGGGCUUUGUUGCUCAGCUGGCUCUGAAGGAGAGUUUCUCUCAUUGGACAGGCCCAGGCUUCUCCCAUCAUUGUCCUGCUGUGACUCCACAGAAAGGAGCUUCUUGUUGACAGUGUCCUGUGGAGCAGGCUGUGUUUCUUACCCCACAUGGCGCUCAGUGGGUGCCAGCCCUCAUCGAGGCUUUGUGAUUGCUGCCCUGAAGGAGAAUGCUCUUUCCUUCCUCCUUGGUACUGCCUGCUGUUUUCUAAGCAUUGCUCCUGCACAUACACGGUGUCCCAGCCCCAGCAAGGCUCUUCUGUUCCCAUCUGUUGGCAGUGUCUUGUGGAGCAUUUUCGCUGAGGAAAAGGUCACUGGUAAACAGGAGAGAAUGGGGAAAGUCGUUUCUGAUUUGGGAUUGGAGAAAAGGAAAAAAAAAACCCAAAGUCUAUCAUGAGGGAAAACUGAGGGAAUCCCUGUCUGCUUUAGGUGUACUGAUGCUCCGGUGGGGAUAGGUGGAAAUGUUCAAAAUAGUCUCUUGAGCUGACAAACAAGGGCACAGAGGAAUUUGUCUUUCCUCUGUAGCCACAACUGUAAAAUCUAAGUCAAAAGGACGGGCUUCCCUUCCUUUUCCCCUCUCAGUAAGUGAUUUUUUUAACACCACAAGGGGAGAGAGGUUUCUGAUUCUCACCUCAGGGUUUGGUUUUGUUUUGUUUUGUUUUGAUGCUCUAGAGCACAAGGCUGACAGUUGCAGCUGAGAUCUUUGGAACCAAAGUGGGGCAUGCUGAGCCCAUUGUCUAGGCACCGUGCCACUGAAGCAGGUGGAAAUGUGUCCCCCUCACAAUCUGCUCAUAAGCCAGGGUGCAAGCCAGGAACCCCCUGUCGUGUUGCUGCCCCAUCCUGUCUUCUCAGCAUCUCCUUACCUGAUUUCUUUAUUAGCCCAAAGGAAAGAAAAUAACAACAAAAGCAACCUUUUUGCAAAAUGUUAUGUGAGCACACAUCAAAUUUCCGUGCACUGAAGCCUACAUACAACCACUUGACAACUUCCUAGAAUAAGAGCCCAUCGUUCCUUGUUGCUAUAAACCUAGCUUGCUUUUCUGUAUUUUCCUGUUUUUCUGCCCUCGCCUGCUGUUCCUGUCACUUCUCUCAGACUCCUCGCCUGCUCAGUCCAAGCUAGAACACCGUGUGUGUGGCAGAAGGACAGCCAAGCCAGUUCUGGAAGUUUGCGCCUGCCUUCUGCCAGACACUUUUUCUCCUUUCUUCUUUCCUCCUGAUACUUGUCUCUUUCUCCUUUGUGUCAGUUUUGUGCACCUUUGUUAGCAGUGCUGUUGACCGGAAAGACUGCACCUUGGUCCAAAGAUUGGUUCAAAGAUCAUCAUUCUCCCGACUGUAGAUAGGACAUCUGACAUUGAUUUGAAACCUUUGCAUAUUCAGGAAUGUCCCAGAUCUUGGGAGAGAACUACAGUCUAAAACCAUUGUCACAAAAUACACAACCUUCUUUUGAAAUCCCGGCUGUCUCAGUAUCUACACACCUGACUCUGGUGGCUGGGAUUCAGCUGCCACAAAACUGUCAGACUCUGUAAAGCAGGUCUGUGUUACGCCCCCCCCCCCCCCCGGAGGGGGUGAAUGAGGUUACAGACUAACGCGGUACCUAAUUCAUGUUUCCCAAUAAACCAGUAGCUAUUCCCGCACACUUACAUGUUCUUCUCAAGAAAUUAGUUGUGGCCUAUUCAGUGUUACACAUUUCUUUUUUUCUUUAAUUAAAACCCAAGGAGCAGCUGAGGAAACUUAAGACAAAGUGUUUUAUUUCUGACAACAUUAAAUUUUAGAAAAAAAAAAUUGUGUACAUGUGUUUGGAACUGUUAAAAUGCCAAGUUUUCUGUACAAGUGUUUUUGUAAUUAAACUUUUAGAUUUUCUUUGUUUUUGAAGAAGUUGAUAUGCUUGCUUGACACUUGCCUCAUUAAAACUUUUCUACGUGGAAUCCA